AGGUUGCAUCUUACCACUGUUCGAAUUGUGGCUAAGACCUUCGAUAAUUGUUAACUGCUGCUAAAUAUGUAACUUUUGAGGCAAUUAACAUUCAUUGUAAGUGUUUUUAAAUCCUAUAGCGGCAUUGUCCAAUGACAAUUAACUAAUGCUGGUAAAAAUUUUAGCACUCUUUGUUAAUGUGUAUAUACAUAUAUUACCGCUAAAAGCUGUUUUUGUUGCAGUGUGAGGAUAUAUAGUAUCAUACUAAGUCUAGUUUUCCCUGAUAAUGUCUUAUUAAUCAACCUUUGAUCAGAUUUCAAUUUCCCCUGAGUUAUAGCACAAUGGGAUCUUACUUGAACUUCAAGAACUGUACUGACACGCCACAGAUAGAGAGAAACGGUGAGAAGUCGAUGGGAAGUGGUAGUUUUAGUUUAACUAGACAAUCUUCCAUGUACUCCUUGACAUUUGAGGAGCUCCAGAGUACCUGUGGUUUCGGAAAGGAUGUUGGUUCGAUGAAUUUGGAGGACCUCUUGAAGAAUAUUUCGACAGCUGAAGAGUCUCAAGGCUUAGCAUCUUCUGCUGGUGUUGGAGAGGGGAGUAUGGCUGCGGGGACUUUGCAGAGACAAGGUUCUUUAACACUACCUCGGACACUUAAUCAGCGGACUGUGGAUGAAGUAUGGAGAGAUUUCCAGAAUGAGACAACAGUUAGUUCCAAUCUUGGACAGAAGCAAUCCAAUUUGGGUGAAAUGACGUUGGAGGAGUUUUUGGUUAGAGCAGGAGUGGUGAGAGAUGAUAAUCAACCAAAUGGAACCUCAAACAAUGUUGGAUUCACCGGUGUUUUAGGUGAACCGAGUAGUAACAACAAUGCUUUGAACAUUGCUUUUCAGCAACCAACUCAAAGCCCCGGACUUUUGAGUAAAUUUUCCGAGAGUAACAUGUUAAAUGUGGUUAAUGUCAAAUCUUCUCAACAACAGCCUCAGCAGCAGCAACCUCUUAUUCCUAAGAAAAGGAAUGUUGACUUUGCAUCUCCGAUGCAAUUAGGGAACAAUUGCCAACUGGCUAGCCCAACGGCAAGGGCUCUUGUUGUCAGCACGUCCAGUCGUUCUGUAAAUGCUACUGUUGUUCAAGGCGGUGUUAUGCAGAAUGGAGUUACGGGCAUGGCAGGAUUGCUUAGUGGUGUUACAUUUGCACCAGGAGGAUCCCCUGGAAAUCAAUUGUCAUCCGAAAUGAUUUCUAAGGACAAACUGUACAGGUCAUUUCUUUCCCCUUCACCUUAUGCAUUUAAUGAAGGUGGAAGAGGGAGGAAAUCAUGCAGCACUUUGGAAAAAGUUGUGGAAAGAAGGCAUAAGAGGAUGAUUAAGAACAGAGAAUCCGCAGCAAGAUCAAGGGCUCGGAAGCAGGCCUAUACUUUCGAGUUGGAAGCUGAAGUGGCGAAGCUUAAAGAAAUUAAUGAAAAGUUGCAGAAAAAACAGGCUGAAUUUAUCGACUCACAGAAAAAUCAGUUAUUGGAAAAAAUGAAUACGUCAUUUGGGAGUAAGUUAAGAUGCUUGAGAAGGACACUGACAGGACCUUGGUAGAAUUCCAGCAUACAACUUCAGAGAAUAGUUAAGACUCGUGGAAAAACUUGUUAUAUGUGAAUAGUAAGGGUAAGGCACUAAGACUGCGGAUACCCCACCCUCCCCAGACCUCACUUGUGGGAUUACAUUGGGUUUGUUUUUUGAUCUUUUUUGAUCAUAUUAUUGAUGUACUAGUGUUGGUAUAUCAUUUUAUUAUUAUUAUGUAAAUGGGUUUCUUGCACAGAGUUUCUGCUUUUUGUUUGACUAACAGCAGUUCAGAUUAUCACAUUGAAUCAGGUAAUAACAUCGAGAUGUAUAUCUUUAAUAAGCUAUUUAUGAACUGCUGGUUGUGUCAUUUUGCUCAUCAAAGAGAGAAAAUGAAAAGGAUUGAGUGCUUUGCUUAUAGUUCAGGAAAGGAAGUCAUGUAUCGAAAUCGGUCUAUGUCAAUUCAAGAACACAACACAAGGGUGCCAAGAAUAUCAUCUAUCAAAUCAUAGCUCAAGAAAGGAAGUCUUAAAACAUGACUUCUAACAACCUUGUAGAUAAAAUUAGAACACUUGGAAUAGUUACAUUUUCUCUGUUUUCAUGUAUAAUGAAAAGAUUAGAACAACAUUUACUGCAUUAUAUAUCACUUUGCAGCAAGAAGGGAUACCCAAUUCCUCUUCUUCUAGAAGGGAAAAUCACAAAAAGAAGACUAAUGACAAAUCCAAUCACCAGUGGAACAGUAUUGAUGAUCUUUCGUGGUACAACAAAACGAUAACAUUGCAGCACAUCAGUGUGUGAUGCUGCAAAUGUAAGAAGAGCAAUCAAAGAAAGUGAUGCAUGGAAGAUAUCAGACCAUCUAAGUCUAUAAUCUCUUGGAACACAAGGCUUAAUCCUCCUUCCAUUAAAAGUCCAAAUGCCACUGAAAGUUGCCACCCCGUAAUGCAGUCUCCCGGUAGCUGACUUGAAGCUAUCGGUGAAGGAGAAGAACACGCAAGAAGCAGCCGAUAGGAUCAAGAAAAUCCCAGUCAUCCAUUGUUCAAAUUUGUUGCAUUGACCAUCAUUGGUUAGUAUGGGUGCAAAUAUGGUGAAAGCAAGGAUUGUAGCGGUAGGUAAGAGGACGUUGAGACGAGCAGUGCCACUUAAGAUUGUGUUUAUGAUGUAUAUGAAGUUGGAAUCAUCCUCUUCUUGAUUAUCAUAAUCUGGGAGGUAGAAGUCACUUUCAUCAGGUUCAUCACUUUCAGACAAGUGUUGGUACAAGAAGUUGUUGUCCAUAUUGAAUUUGUGGGAUUGUUGAAUUCUGAAAAUAGUUUCAGCAUUAUAUCAAAAGCUUCCUUUGCUGAGGUUUAGGGAGGAAGUCAUUCCAUUUCUUGUCAGGUUACUUCCUUCAGAUCAAAUUUUAAGAAAGGUAUCUUUUUUCUGGUUUCCACUCGGUGUCCAGAGCCUAUAUUGGAGUCCCCGCUAUAUUCGGAUUGCACACUCCAGCUCCCGUUCGGAGGUGGCGCUCCCAAGAGGAUUUUUUUCAUAUCUAGGGCUGAACCCGAGACUUCUGGUUAAGGGUGAAUCAGUCUCAUCAUCGUACCACGACCCAUGUCGAUAGGAAAGGUAUCAUUAUUUGGCAUAGGGGAAGAGGGAAUCACUUUUUUGCUCCCUUUCUUUUGGUUUCUUUGUGCUUUUUUCUUUUCCUAAAAUGACCUCUAAAAGAGCUGGUAAAAAAAUAAUCCGCAUAGGUUGUAUAUAUCAAAUCAAUACUAUAAUUUAGGCAUAAUACAUAAA